AUGUCCGCCCCCAACGACUCCCCCGCCCACCACCGCCACCCCGUCAACUCCACGACCCCCGCGGAUCCGCCUGCUGCAGGCGAGGCCACCGCUGCCCACCCCCCCGCCGGCAAGCCAGACCCGACGCUCGAGAGCAAUGCCUCCCCGAGAAGGCUCUCCGCCCCCGGUCCCUCCGCCUCCUCCGAACUCGCCGGUCUUAAGGUAAAGCUCAAGGACGCCCUGCGCCAGUUCCCCGACUUCCCCGCCCCCGGCAUCCUGUUCGAGGACAUCCUGCCCAUCUUUGCAGACCCCACCCUGUUCGAGGCCCUGAUCCACGCCCUCGAGCUGCACAUCAACCAGACCCUCGCCGAGAAGCCCGACGUUGUCGUUGGCCUGGAUGCCCGCGGUUUCCUGUUCGGUCCCACCCUCGCCUUGAGGCUGGGCGCUGCCUUUGUGCCCGUCCGCAAGAGGGGCAAGCUGCCCGGCCCCUGCGAGACGGCCGAGUACAUGAAGGAGUACGGCGCCGAUUUCUUCCAGAUGCAGGCCGACGCUGUGAAGCCCGGCCAGAAGGUGCUGAUUGUCGACGACAUCAUUGCGACGGGCGGCUCCGCCUCCGCAGCCGGCUCGCUCGUCGAGAAGCUCGGCGGCAACGUCCUCGAGUACAUCUUCAUCCUCGAGCUCGACUUCCUCAAGGGCCGCGACAAGCUCAACGCCCCCGUCUACACCCUGCUCUCUGGCCAGGAGGAGAAGAGGAGCAGCUAA